AUGGCCUCCGACUUUGAGAAGAUGGCCAGCGGUCCCAGUCACAAGGCGCCCGAGCGAGGGCACCGCGACGACGACUUCCUGGAGCGCUCCUUCUGGUCCAGCGUGACCAUCAACCCGCCCCUGUACGGCGCAGACGUGGCCGUGUCCUUCUUCGACGAGCGCCUGGACUUUGGCUGGAACCUGCGGCGCCUGGGCUGCCUGCUGUCGCAGUACGACGUGCCCGAGAUCCCCGGCGUCACCUCGCCCAUGGCCUACUUUGGCACCUGGAAGUCCUUCUUCGGCUGGCACAAGGAGGACAUCGACCUGUACUCCAUCAACUACAACCACGCCGGCGCGGCCAAGAUCUGGUACUGCGUGUCCCCCCGCGACGGCCACACCUUUGACCGCAUGGCCCGCGGCCUCUUCCCCGAGCUGCACGCCGCCUGCCCGGCCUUCGUGCGGCACAAGGACAUCAUGAUCUCGCCGCGCCUCCUGCGCGCCGCGGGCGUGCCCUUCGUCCAGGCGCGGCAGGAGCCGGGCGAGUUCAUCGUGCUGAACGCCGCGGCCUACCACUCCGGCUUCAACCUGGGGUUCAACAUCGCCGAGGCGGUGAACUUUGCGCUGCCGGAGUGGCUGCCGGUGGGCCGCGCCGCGCUCAACUGCGAGUGCUCGGCCAUGCCGACGGGCGUGGUGCGGCAGGCCAUGCUGGGCAUGCACUUCCCCCGCCUGGUCCACGUGCGCAGCGACUGGACGCUGUGCAACGGCCGGCGGCGACGCGGCGGCUGGCGCCUGACCACGCUGAGGAAGCGCAUCCUCAUGUGA